UGGUACUCUGAGGAGCAGCCAAGGCUGGCUCUCAAAUAAGGCCAGAUAUAAAUGCUUGUGGACCUACCAGCCAAGUAUUCAAGAAGUAGACAGUGCACAAGACGGUUGUAUUCAUCCAAGUGUGUGUUUUGUUCAGUGUUAAGCAAAAUGUGUCGUUGUCUGUGUUUGUUUCUGGCUGUAAGUGUUGGUCUGGCGCUCGCUAAGCCCAGACUCCCGUUGCCCGGUCAGGUUUAUCAAUUGCCUGGAUAUAAUUAUUAUGAAACACCAAAAUACGCUUUUAAUUACGGUGUAGCUGAUCAUUCGACUGGUGACGUGAAAUCACAACAUGAGAGCAGAGAUGGUGAUGUUGUGAAAGGCCAGUACUCUCUCGUAGAACCAGACGGUUCCAUUCGCACGGUAGAUUACACAGCGGAUCCCGUCCACGGUUUCAACGCGGUAGUGUCAAAGACUGGGCCUAACUUGCAUGCUGCGCCCGCGCCACCUCCUCAGCAGAAGAUCCAGCCAGUGUACUACGCUAAACCCAUACCAGUGCCAGUAGAAGUACCUGAGUACUACCCACAACCGAUCUACCCUUCAGCUUCGCCAUUCUUAUACCCCAAAGUCGGCGAUCCCCAAUUUGACUACGGCGGCUUCGAGUUUGACGCUCCUUACCAACCACAUAACAUGAUUAUUUAGAUUAAUUAUUAAACUAUUUAUUAACAAAAGAUAAUUUAGAUUUAAGAUUAGUGCCACGGAUUUAUUUUUGAAAUUAGAAUAUUUAUGGCCAGUAUUUAUGAAUUGUAUUUAAGGAUAUUCCACCAUUUUAGGUUAAAAAAUAUAUUUGUUUAAUUGGGCAACACACUGAAAUUAGUAAAGGAUAUUUUGGCAUUGAAUAUUUUAAAUAAAACUUAGGGCAAAUUUUGCAAUGGUUAGAUAAAGUUAUCUGGGGAAUAAUUAUGAUGCUGUCG